GAUGAACAUUGCUGGUCAGUAUUUGCAUAUCGUGCUUUUGAAAAUAUAACUCCAGAUGCAAUAAAAAAUUUGGAACCUAUUGGUCGGAAAAUAAUACAGAAAUGCAAAGGUUUGCCCUUGGCAGCAAAAACGCUAGGAGGUUUAUUGCGGUCUGAAGAAGAUGAAAAGGUUUGGAAGGAAAUGAUGAAUAACGAAAUAUGGGAUUUAAAACCGGAAGAGAGUGACAUUCUUCCAGCUCUACACUUGAGCUAUCAUUAUCUCCCCACAAAAGUAAAGCAGUGCUUUGCAUAUUGCUCCAUCUUUCCCAAGGAUUAUGAAUAUCAAAAGGAGGAGUUAAUUUUGUUAUGGGUGGCACAAGGUUUUGUGGGUGACUUCAAAGGAGAGGAGAUGAUAGAAGAUGGUGAAAAAUGUUUUCGGAACCUAUUGUCAAGGUCAUUCUUUCAACAAUGCGGGUCAUAAUAAGUCAUCGUUUGUGAUGCAUGAUUUGAUUCAUGAUUUAGCCCAAUUUGUAUCUGGAGAAUUUUGUUUCAGAUUGGAAGUGGGAAAGCAAAAAAACUUUUCAAAGAGGGCUCGACAUUUGUCAUACAUCCGUGAACAAUUCGAUGUCUCCAAGAAAUUUGAUCCCCUUCAUGAGGUUGAUAAGUUACGGACCUUCCUACCAUUAUAUAUGCCUGGAGCUUAUGUUUCAACUUGCUACUUAGCUGAUAAAGUUCUACGUGAUCUAUUGCCAAAAUUCAGAUGUUUGCGGGUUUUAUCCUUGUCUGGCUAUAAUAUCACUCAUUUGCCUGCUGAUUUAUUUCAAAAUUUGAAGCAUUUGCGGUAUUUGAACAUUUCUAGCACCAAGAUACAGAAGUUACCUAAAUCCAUAGGUAUGCUUUGCAAUUUGCAAUCACUGAUGUUGUCAGAUUGUCAUGGGAUUACCGAGCUGCCUCCUGAAAUCGAAAACCUCAUCCACCUACAUCAUUUGGAUAUUUCUGAAACAAAAUUAGAAGGGAUGCCAACAGGAAUCAAUAAACUAAAAGAUCUUCGAAGAUUGACUACUUUUGUUGUUGGCAAGCAUAGUGGUGCAAGAAUUGCAGAGUUACAAGAUCUGUCCCACCUGCGGGGAGCGCUCUCCAUUUUUAACUUGCAAAAUGUGGUGAAUGCAACGGAUGCUUUAAAAGCUAAUUUGAAGAAAAAGGAAGACCUUGAUGACUUGGUGUUUGCGUGGGAUACAAAUGUGAUUGAUAGUGAUUCGGAGAAUCAAACCAGAGUUCUCGAAAAUCUUCAGCCUCAUACCAAGGUGAAAAGGCUCAACAUUCAACACUACUAUGGCACAAAAUUUCCAAAAUGGCUAGGAGAUCCUUCAUUCAUGAAUUUAGUUUUCUUACAACUUGAAGAUUGUAAAAGUUGCUCGUCCUUGCCACCACUUGGGCAGUUACAAUCUCUCAAGGAUCUCCAGAUUGCGAAGAUGGAUGAAGUACAAAACGUUGGUGCAGAUUUCUAUGGGAAUAAUGAUUGUGACUCAUCUUCAAUGAAGCCGUUUGGAUCCCUAGAGAUUCUGAGGUUUGAAGAGAUGUUAGAGUGGGAGGAAUGGGUUUGUUGUGGAGUUGAAUUCCCUUGUUUGAAGGAGCUUUAUAUCAAGAAAUGUCCAAAGCUGAAAAAGGAUUUACCCAAACACCUUCCUAAAUUAACAAAACUUAAGAUUAGUGAAUGCGGGCAGCUGGUGUGUUGUCUUCCAAUGGCUCCCUCCAUUCGUGAAUUGAUGUUGGAGGAAUGUGAUGAUGUGGUGGUUAGGAGUGCGAGCAGUCUCACCUCGUUGGCUUCUUUGGAUAUAAGGGAAGUUUGUAAAAUACCAGAUGAAUUGGGCCAACUGCAUUCUCUUGUACAGUUAUCUGUGUGUUGUUGUCCCGAGCUAAAGGAAAUUCCACCCAUUCUUCACAACCUUACCUCUCUUAAAAACUUGAACAUCCAGCAAUGUGAGAGUCUUGCAUCUUUUCCGGAGAUGGCGCUGCCACCCAUGCUUGAAAGGCUUGAAAUCAUAGACUGUCCCACUCUGGAGUCCCUACCAGAGGGAAUGAUGCAAAAUAAUACGACUCUCCAACACUUGUCCAUCGAGUAUUGUGAUUCUCUAAGGUCCUUGCCCAGGGACAUUGAUUCAUUGAAGACACUUUCAAUCUACGGGUGUAAGAAAUUGGAGUUAGCACUCCAGGAGGAUAUGACGCACAACCACUACGCUUCCCUUACCAAAUUUGUGAUAAGUAAUUGUGAUUCUCUCACGUCCUUUCCAUUAGCUUCCUUCACAAAGCUUGAGACGCUUCAUUUAUGGCAUUGUACAAAUCUGGAGUCCCUUUACAUUCCAGAUGGACUUCACCACAUGGAUCUCACAUCUCUCCAGAUAUUGAAUUUUUAUAAUUGCCCUAAUCUGGUAUCUUUUCCGCAAGGGGGAUUGCCUACUCCUAAUCUGACAUCUCUUUGGAUAAGUUGGUGCAAGAAGCUCAAGUCACUGCCCCAAGGGAUGCACUCCCUCCUUACAUCCCUUGAAAGAUUGAGAAUAGAAGGUUGUCCAGAAAUUGAUUCAUUUCCAAUAGGGGGUUUGCCCACUAAUCUAUCUGAUCUUGACAUCAGGAAUUGUAACAAACUCAUGGCCUGUCGGAUGGAGUGGCACUUGCAAACGCUUCCCUUUCUUAGCUGGUUAGGGAUUGGAGGACCUGAAGAAGAAAGAUUGGAGUCAUUUCCCGAGGAACGGUUUCUGCCCUCCACUCUCACCUCUCUUAUAAUUGACAAUUUUCCAAAUCUGAAAUCCCUGGACAAUAAGGGCCUUGAGCACCUGACCUCUCUUGAAACUCUGUCGAUUUACCACUGUGAAAAGCUCGAGUCCUUGCCAAAACAGGGGUUGCCCUCCUCCCUUUCUCAUCUUUAUAUUCUUAAGUGUCCUCUGUUGGAGAAGCGAUGCCAAAGGGAUAAAGGGAAAAAAUGGCCCAACAUUUCUCACAUUCCCUGCAUCGUGAUAUUUAAUGAAAAGGGUUUCUCAUAUGAAGAGGUGAUCUUGUCAUGAGGCACUUGCAUCCAAACUCUUGCCUUUCUAUGCAAUUAUUAAUUCAGUUUUUUAAUACGAUUUUCUAGACAAAAUGUUAGAGGGCAACAAUCAUUUUCUUAGCAAUUUGAUGUUAUAUGGACUGUAAAACUAUCCAUGUCAUGAAGAAUUUUUUAUGCUUGAGUGCGUACUAUCUUGUUAUUGAUUGAGGGAGCAAUUGGUGGGAGCAAAUGGAAAGAUCUACCUGGUAAAGCGUUUGUAGACAAAUCAUCCCUUCACAAAUAUUACAAUUCAGAUCCUUUGGAGUAGUUAGAAGUGAUGAAGCCUUCAAACACAGUGUAUUCAUAGCUACAGAGUGCCCUGUUUUCACAUAGCUUUCAACUCAUUGGAGCAACUACUAAAGGAUUGUACUUGUGGGUUCUUCAGCUCAAGUCUUUGCCAAAACAGGGAUUGCCCUCCUCCCUUUCUCGUCUUUAUAUUCCAGGAUGUCCUCUGCUGAAGAAGCUAUGCCAAAGGUAUAAAAGGAAAAAAUCGCCCAACAUUUCUCACAUCCCCUGCAUCGUGAUACUUGAUGAAAUUGAUUCCUCAAUUGAAGAGGUCAUCUGGACAUAAGGCCCUUGCAUCCAAGCUUUUGCCUUUCUCUGCAAUUAUUGAUUCAGUUAUUUUGGUGCUUGAAUGGAGACUGGUGGUUGGAAGUUGAUGUCAAAUCACCAAGACAUGAAAAUAUAUGGAUGCUAUACUCAUUGUAUAGACUUUUCACUUCUCCUCUGUCUUGCAUGGCACUUGGGUAUGCUCUUUUGCAUAGGGAGAGCUUAUGCAUGGUAGAAAAGCUCUCUUCUUGUUAGUGGGUCCAUUAACUGACUUAUAACUAUGAGAAAUAAAAAUAUAAGAUAAAUAACGCAUCAUAUCUCAUAUUGUUCUGAAAUUACCUGCAGGUGGAAGUUAGGCAGAUUUUUGUUGCCUUCCUAAGUUUUGUUGUUGCUAUAAAACCAUGUGUAAGUAGCUUCUACUUUUGGUAACUUAACAUGAGACUAGCUUUAAUGGAUGGAUUGAAAAUUAUUCUGGGUUUCAACUUUAUUACUGCACUCAUAAAAAUCUAGAUAGUUUGUGAAUUGCAAGUUGAUGUUUGUCUUAAUAGCUUAAUUUUCAGAUAUUAAAAAAAAAUCCACUGUAUUUCCCAAAAAUAUCUUGACAGAGCUAGAAGUAGGAGAAGCUAGAGAGAUAGGGGAAGAACCAAAGUCCAGAAUUAUGGGCAUGAAGGAGGAGAUGAAGCCCUUGUUGGUUUCAUAUAAAAUAACAAUGGUAGUACUAGAAAUACAAAGUUUUAUUGGAAUUAUAAAAGAACUUAGGGAAAAAGAUACAUCUUUUAGAUUUGGAAAAGCAAUUCCCUACUCUCCAACUUUCAAACUUUUACUGGUUCACUUCAAAAUCAAGCAUACGAUUUUGUUCACAGCCAAGUUAAAUGCAUUUCAAUAUUGUAGGCUUCUGGCUUAAAUACAAAUCUCUUGGCUGUCAAAUAAGCUUUGCUGCUUUAAUUGAUCUAUGUCUCUGGAGUUUCAUGCCGACUUUGUGCGGCAGGGGACCAAAACAUUCUUCCUGCCCUUUGAAGAAGCCCAAACAGAGUUACCCUGAUCAGGAUGUGAAUGAGUGAAGACUUUGGUCCUGAAAAGUGUUGCAAAUGUGGUGAAGAAUCACUAGCACUCUAAUUUGGGACUAUAAAACCGUUCAUGUCAUGAAGAAUUUUCUAAGCCUGAGUGCAUACUAUCUUGUUAUUGAUAUAGGAGGUUCUCCACCAAAAGACUCCAAAUGGAAAGAUCUAGCUGGUAAAGCCUUUGUAGAGAACUUGGUGGCGAUCAGAAAAGCUUCCAGUACUACUAUAGUUGUUCUGUUUUGUUGGGGUUUUGUCAGACCAUUGUAAGAGAACAAAAACUUUCUCCAAGCCCUUUCAGAAGCUUAUACCAAACCUGAAAAGUCCCAAUGGCACAGUAAGAUCUUUGAAUCCUUGAUACGUACAUGGAUGCGUAAGUGGAGAUCUGGAGGUCUCAAAGGUGAUGCAAACACGGUGCAGAAUCACUGGUGGAGAUGUGGUGGGAUGAGAACUUGCAAUGCUCCCCCUGAAUGUGAAGAGUAAGGAAUGGCAGCAACGCCCUCUCAUUGGUUUCCAAGUUCAUGUAUCAAAUCAAGUGGAUGAUCUCACCACCACCCCGGAAGACUUCAUGUUUCACCCAGAACUGUUGGCAUGUCCAGUUCUUCGGUCUCUAAACUUUAUGAUUCUUCAAUUUCAAGGAAUCUGAAAGUCUUUCGGCUCUUCGAGAUGAGGCUACUACCCAUGCUUGAAACCCUUGAGAUCCAAGGCUGUCCCAUUCUGGAGUCCCUGCCAGAGGGAAUGAUGCAACAUAAUACUACUCUCCGAAGCUUGUCUAUCAUGCAUUGUGAUUCUCUAAGGUCCCUCCCCGGUAUCAAUUCAUUGAAAACACUUUUAAUUGAAUGGUGUAAGAAAUUGGAGUUAUCUUUGGCUGAGGAUAUGACACACAACCACUGUGCUUCCCUUACAACUUUAUAUAUAGGAAAUAGUUGUGAUUCUCUCACGUCCUUUCCAUUAGCCUUCUUCACAAAGCUUGAGACACUUGAUAUUUGGGGUUGUACAAACCUGGAGUCCCUUAACAUUCCAGAUGGAUUCCACCAUGUGGAUCUCACAUCUCUCCAGAGCUUGUAUAUCUAUUAUCGUGCUAAUCUGGUAUCUUUUCCACAAGGAGGAUUACCCACUCCCAACCCCAAAUCACUUCUAAUCAGCUCGUCCAAGAAGUUCAGGUCACUGCCCCAAGGGAUGCACACCCUCCUUACAUCCCUUCAACAUUUGCUUAUAUCUAAUUGUCCAGAAAUUGAUUCGUUUCCCCAAGGGGGUUUACCCUCUAAUCUAUCUUCCCUUCACAUCUGGAAUUGCAACAAAA